AUGUCUCAGAUCAACGACAACGAGCUCAAGGCCUCUCUUGCCGUCCCCGGCGAGGCUGUCCAGCAGGGCGGCGCCAACUCCAUCGAGGUGCCCGCAACAAGGAGCGCCACCGCCGAUGCUCAGAAAUACAUGCACAACCUGUCUCUCUCGCCCUCGAUGAAGGACAGGAGGGGGUCGAGGAACUCUUUCGGUACCUCUCUGCCCAUUCCUCGCUCGAAGAGGCAGUCGAGGUUGAGCUCCGUCCACUACCCCGGCGGUGCUGCUCAGCGCCCUGGCAUGCCCCCGAUCCAGCCUUCCCGCGACAUCAUUGCCGCCCAGCUUCAGGACCUUGCUGGCGAGAAGGUCAACAAGGCCAAGGACAUGGCCUUCGUCUUCGAUAUCGAUGGUGUCCUCGUCCACGGUGACCGUCUGAUCCCCGAGGGCAAGCGCACUCUUGAGAUCCUGAACGGAGACAACGAGCUUGGUAUCAAGAUCCCCCACAUCUUCUUGACCAACGGCUCCGGAAAGCUCGAGGGCCCCCGCUGCGAGCAGCUCUCCAAGAUCCUCGGCAACCCUAUCUCCACCGACCAGUUCAUCCAGUCCCACACUCCCAUGCGUGCUCUUGCCGACUACUACGAGACCGUUCUCGUCGUCGGUGGUGAGGGCUACAAGUGCCGCGAGGUCGCUCAGGAGUACGGCUUCAAGAACAUCGUCGUCCCCAACGACAUCAUCGCCUGGGACCCCACUAUCGCUCCCUACCGCGUCUUCACCGACGAGGAGCGCGCCACCUCCAACCCCCGCGACUUCUCCAAGAUCAACAUCGACGCCAUCAUGGUCUUCUCCGACUCCCGCGACUACGCCACCGACAUGCAGAUCAUCAUGGACCUGCUCCAGUCCGAGAACGGCCGCUUCGGAACCCGCGCCAAGGACCCCGUCUCGCAGCGCAUCCCCAUCUACUUCUCGCAGGGCGAUCUCCUGUGCCCGACCGAGCACCCCUUCCCCCGCAUGUCGCAGGGCGCAUUCCGCAUUGGCCUCGAGGCCAUGUACAAGGCGCUGACCGGCGCAGACCUCGAGCGUGUCGUGUACGGCAAGCCCGAGCUGGCGACCUACAAGUACGCCGACGAGGUGAUCGCGUCCUGGAUGGACGAGAUCCACAGCGAGGAGCGCCUGCCCAAGAACAUCUACAUGAUUGGCGACAACCCGGCGUCCGACAUCAUUGGCGGCAACAUGUACGGCUGGAACACGUGCCUGGUGCGCACGGGUGUGUUCCAGGGCGGCGACAACGACGAGAACAACCCCGCGUCGUUCGGCGUGUUCCCCAACGUGCUCGAGGCCAUCAAGACGGCGAUCCAGAAGGAGAUUGGCGCCGAGUUCAAGUUCGAGUUCAACGAGAGCAUCAACCCCGUCACUGGCAGCGCUGGCGUCUCUGCGAUCGAGUAA